UUUUUUUUUUCAGCAAAUACUAAGUCCUCCCAGCUGAUCAAAACUUUAACCCUUACUCCAGAAUCAACAUGGAGUCACCGUCAGUCCAGGACAUUUUAGGGGAGAAUGCUUGGCUGUACAUCGGUGCUACUGUGGUGGUGCUGUGGUUCAUCGUGUGGCUGUACAGAGACAGCCUGGAGAUUGAAGAACUCACCGACAAGUAUGUGUUUGUGACGGGCUGUGACUCAGGGUUCGGGAACCUGCUGUGUAAGAAGCUGGAUCGGAAAGGUUUCCGUGUGCUGGCUGGCUGUCUGACGGAAAAAGGAGCCGAUGACCUGAAGAGGUCGGCCGGCCCUUAUCUGAAAACCAUGUCGGCCGGUGCUUAUCUGAAAACCGUCCUGCUUAACGUUACCAAUCAGGAUAGUGUCCAGAAAGCCAUGGAGUUCACCAAAAAUGAAGUUGGAGAGAAAGGACUCUGGGGCAUUGUAAACAACGCUGGAUGUUCAUUACCAAUGGGCCCUUCAGAGUGGAUGAGAGUAGAAGAUUUCCAAAACACACUUAAAGUUAAUUUGAACGGAAUGAUUUCCAUGACAAUGACUUUCCUGCCCCUCAUCAAGAAGGCUCGCGGCCGCAUCGUCAACGUAGCAUCAGUGCUGGGCCGAGUGGCCGCGAAUGGUGGAGGAUACUGCAUCUCCAAGUUUGCCGUCGAAGCCUUUUCUGACUGCCUCAGGAGGGACAUUAACUACUUCGGAGUUAAAGUUUGCAUCAUCGAGCCGGGCUUCUUCAGAACCGCCGUGACGAGCCUCGACCCACUGGAGAGGGAACUGCAUCGCUUGUGGAACCAGCUCAGCCCUGACGUCCAGGCCAGCUAUGGAGACAAGUACCUGGAUAAAUACAUCAAAGUCCAGCGUUUGAUCAUGAAUGCAGUGUGUGACUCUGACCUGACAAAGGUGACCAGUUGCAUGGAGCAUGCUCUGACUGCUGUGCACCCACGCAGCAGAUACAGCGCUGGCUGGGAUGCUAAACUUCUCUGGAUCCCGCUCUCUUACAUGCCUUCCUGUGUGGUGGACAUCGGACUGAAGCUGGUGCUGCCUCGUCCAUCGAAGAGUGUGUGAAUGUUGAUGGACUGUCACCAGUGUGUAGGGUUAAAAUAGGUCACAUCCGGCUCACAUAUUCUUUAGGGCCAAUUUAAACAGAAUUGUCUGUAAACAUUGUCUUUUGCCAAGUGUAUUAUUGUUUUUGAGACAGAUGUUAUUCACUGCCAGCUGAAUACAGAUAAUUUUAGAGAUGUUAAUUUUUUCAGAUUUAAAAUAUAAGCAAACAAACCAGUAUAGAAAUUAAAUGGUUUUAGCUUCAUUAGUGCUCUAACAUAUGGAAAGCUAAAACACAGCUUGUCACAUUAGUUUUUUUUCCCACAGCACCACAAUAAAAAGGAGUUGUGUGACUUUGCCAUUAUUUAUAUUAAUUAACGAGGAGCUAUAAAAGUUGUAGCAGUUUGGUUCUAUUUUCAAGCACAAACUCACACAGAGUCUGGAACAUUCACCAGCCCGGGGUUCAGCUGGCUCAUCUUUGAUUUAUAACAGUUUGUGUUGAACAACAGCAGGUGGUGCCAUUAACCCUGGUGGCUCGCGCCAUAUUAUACAAGUUAGCACACAAUUUAUUUGUCUGCAUCGGAUUAUAUGAAAUGUGGUCUUGUACAUUUAUGGGCCUCGGCACAAAAACAGAGAAAUAAAACAAAUAUGCCUCGUUGUAAGGUAAUAAAA